AUGUAUUAAAAAGGUAAAUAAUAAUUAUUAUUAAUAUAAGCAAAUUCAUUAAAUGAAUUGAAUAAGUUACAAGAUGCAUAAUAAAUAUAUAAAGAUAUAAUUACAAUUAAUCCAAAACAUGAACUAUCUUUAUUGAAAAUUGGUAAAUAUAUAUUACAAUAAUAUUUAGGUGAUAUCUUAAGAAAUUAAAAGUAAUAUUAAUAAGCUUAAUAUUAUUAUCAAAAAUGUAUUUCAAUUAAUUUAAAUAAUUAACAUGCUUAAUUUGGAAUAGGUAUUAUUUAAUUAUAUAUAUCUUAAGCGGAAUCUUUAAGAUAGACUUAUUAAUAUAAUAAUGCUUUGUAAUAUUAUCAAAAAGCAAUUGAAAUAGAUUAAUCUAAUAAAAUCUAUUAAUUUUAUUAAGGUUUAAUUUUGAAAUUUAUAUUAUUUAGGAGAUUGUCUAACAUCUUUAGAAAGGUAUCAAGAAGCUAUUAAUGUUUAUAAUAAAGUUUUAAUUAAAGAUCCAAAUCAUAUAGAAGCAAUGGCAGGAAAAGGUAUUAUAAUUAUAUUAAAUAAUCAAAGGAAUAUGUUUAUUAUAUUUAGGAUAAAAUGAUGAAGCAUUGAAAAUUAUAACAAAAUCAUUAAAUCUUAAAAAUAAUUGUUUAUUAGGAUUAUAUGGAUAUGGUAAAUAAUGAUUUGUUAAUAUUAGGAAUAUACUUAGGCUCUAAUAAUAAUUAUGAAGAAGCUAUUAAAUACUUUGAUAAAGCUUUGGCCAUAAAUUAAUAGCAUGUUUUAUCAUUGUCUGGAAAAGGUAAAUUGAAUUAAAUUAGAUUUAAGGUGAAUGUCUAAGAUUGAUGAACUAAAUUGAAUAAGCACUAGAAUGGUACGAAUAAGCUUUGGCCAUAAAUCCAUAGCAUGUUUUAUCAUUGUAUGGAAAAGGUAAAUUGAAUUAAAUUAGAUUUAAGGUGAAUGUCUAAGAUUGAUGAACUAAUUUGAAUAAGCACUAGAAUGGUACGAAUAAGCUUUGGCCAUAAAUCCAUAGCAUGUUUAUUCAUUGUCUGGAAAAGGUAAAUUGAAUUAAAUUAGAUUUAAGGUGAAUGUCUAAGAUUGAUGAACUAAUUUGAAUAAGCACUAGAAUGGUACGAAUAAGCUUUGGCCAUAAAUCCAUAGCAUGUUUAUUCAUUGUCUGGAAAAGGUAAAUUGAAUUAAAUUAGAUUUAAGGUGAAUGUCUAAGAUUGAUGAACUAAUUUGAAUAAGCACUAGAAUGGUACGAAUAAGCUUUGGCCAUAAAUCCAUAGCAUGUUUAUUCAUUGUCUGGAAAAGGUAAAUUGAAUUAAAUUAGAUUUAAGGUGAAUGUCUAAGAUUGAUGAACUAAUUUGAAUAAGCACUAGAAUGGUACGAAUAAGCUUUGGCCAUAAAUCCAUAGCAUGUUUAUUCAUUGUCUGGAAAAGGUAAAUUGAAUUAAAUUAGAUUUAAGGUGAAUGUCUAAGAUUGAUGAACUAAUUUGAAUAAGCACUAGAAUGGUACGAAUAAGCUUUGGCCAUAAAUCCAUAGCAUGUUUAUUCAUUGUCUGGAAAAGGUAAAUUGAAUUAAAUUAGAUUUAAGGUGAAUGUCUAAGAUUGAUGAACUAAUUUGAAUAAGCACUAGAAUGGUACGAAUAAGCUUUGGCCAUAAAUCCAUAGCAUGUUUAUUCAUUGUCUGGAAAAGGUAAAUUGAAUUAAAUUAGAUUUAAGGUGAAUGUCUAAGAUUGAUGAACUAAUUUGAAUAAGCACUAGAAUGGUACGAAUAAGCUUUGGCCAUAAAUCCAUAGCAUGUUUAUUCAUUGUCUGGAAAAGGUAAAUUGAAUUAAAUUAGAUUUAAGGUGAAUGUCUAAGAUUGAUGAACUAAUUUGAAUAAGCACUAGAAUGGUACGAAUAAGCUUUGGCCAUAAAUCCAUAGCAUGUUUAUUCAUUGUCUGGAAAAGGUAAAUUGAAUUAAAUUAGAUUUAAGGUGAAUGUCUAAGAUUGAUGAACUAAUUUGAAUAAGCACUAGAAUGGUACGAAUAAGCUUUGGCCAUAAAUCCAUAGCAUGUUUUUUCAUUGUGGGGAAAAGGUAAUAUUAAUUAAUUAUUUUUUUAGCCUUCAUCUUAUUAGAAUAUAAAUAAUUUGAAAACGCUUAUUAGUUGUUUAAUUAAGCAAAUGAGAUUUAGCCAAAUUAAUAAUUAAUUGAUGCAUUUUUAGGUAUUAGAUUUUAAUAAAUUAGCUUAAUAUUCCAAUAAACAAGAAUAAUAAUGA